CAGAGGAGUAGGAAGUGGCAAAGGUUUCGCUUCUCCGGCAGCCCAUGUCAACCUACUUCCAUCCAAACAUGGAUUUCAACAUAGGUGAUCUUUGAUUAUGGCACAUGACAUAACCGGAGACAAGCGGUCGUUGUAGUUAAUAAAUGGAUAUAUUGAUGGUUACUGUUUGCGCAGUAUUGCAAGCGUGUCCGCAGUGUCAAAGGAGGUUUACAACAGCUCCAACUUUGACAUAACCCUUUCACAUGCCCACAUAUAUUGGCACAACCAGCGAUGGUAGUAACAUUGUAGCAUGUUGCACCAAAGGUACCCGAGUAAAGCAUUUAUCAGCAGACUGAUUGUUCUUCGUGUACAGUACUACAAACGACUUGUAACCAUGUCGAUACUGAAGCUGUCCGAAGAAAGCUCGAAGUCCUUGAUAAGCAACAGCGAGUCGCAGAUCGAUGCGGACAGGAGUGGAUCGGGUUUCAGUGAGACGGUGACGAGCAGCAUGUGGGCUGGAGGGGACAGCUCCGGGAGACAGGUCACACAGGAAGAGCUGGACAUCCACAGGGUCCACAGACAGGCGUGUGAGGCAAAGAAGCAGAUGUAUGUGGAUCCAUCCACUGGGUACAAGGUGUUCACAGAGUAUGCCCACCUUCAGAGGGGGAAAUGCUGUGGCAGCGCAUGCAGACAUUGUCCAUAUGGCCAAGUCAACGUGAAAGACCCUGCAAUGAAGAAACUGUUUAAUUCUUUAUUUUAUGUGUAGGCCUUGCCGUCACAUGCAAAAGGUAAAAUAAGCCUGUUUAGAAUGGAACACACCACAUGUAGCUUGUCUUUUGCCUGUCAUUAUUUUGGACUGCUUUGAGAGUCAUUUUUUAGCAGCAUACUAAAUGAUGAAAUAUGGAGUGGUGUCUGUGCAAUACCUACCUCCUAUGAAUCACAACUAUUCUCAGGAUGAUUUUCAUUCUCACAACAAGAUCGGGGAGGAGGGAGGAAGGUUUUUUUUUUUCUUUUUCUCACUACAACCAUGUGUAGAACAGUGUCUUUUAUCACAUUUUUGUUUUCUUAUAUUUUCCUAAUGUUUUACUGGAAUGUCCAAUGAAAUGUCUCCAACCUCA